UCUUAGUCUAAAAUCAUGUAUCGAUUCCUUUGCUUCCUUGCGAUCUUAAGUCUCUUUUCGGGACUUGAAGCUGGAUGUCCACCAUAUUUUUCGCGUGUGGGCCCAAAGUGCUAUCAUGUAUCCUUAGAAAAAGUGAAUUGGUUUGUUGCUGAUCGCAGAUGUCGCGCCAUGAAUGCUACUCUUAUGGUAUUCGAUAAUGAAACGGAUCGCGAACAUACAACAGAUCUGCUUAUCAAAAGAGACGUGCCUUUCAACAAUGACUGGAGAGAUGCUGUAUGGAUUGGCGGUAAUACCUUGGGUCUCCCACGAGAGUUUGUGCUCUCUAAUGAUGGUGGCGCACUACCCUUUACCCCUUGGCUGCCUGGUGAGCCCAAUAGCAAAGAUGAGGAAUGUAUAGAUUACUUCCGUCGUACUGAAAAGUUCGGAUAUAACGAUGCACCUUGUCUUAGUUUAUUCCCCUUUGUGUGUCAAACUAAAGCACUUUCAAAGGUGUAAUGUAAAAAAUGUGCGGGUCUCUUUUGUAUUAAGGCUUAAAUAUUCAAAAGAUUUAAAUUGAAUUAAUGUUAUAUUCCAUUUUAAAUCUAAUGUUGAUAAGCAAAUAAUAUAUUCUUUGACACUUUUUAAAA